AUUCAAAAGUGAGCUGCGCAAGCGAGUAGACGAACUUUUAUCAAGAGCUCUCCGUAACGUUAAAAGAACAUAUCGUAAACGUUGAGUUGAACUAGCGACGUCUUCAAAAGUAAAGCAAACAAAAAAUUUAGAAUAAAUGUGAAAAAUAGCUUAGAACCGCAACAAGGAUAAUCGAUUAUUUACGCAAAACAGAAAAUUUAAAAAAAAUAUUGCAAAUUUAAAAGUGACAAAUAAACAAUUGUUAAGUGCGCUUGAACUUUACGUAAAAAGCUAGAAGCGUUUAAACAUUUUAUUUUUCAAAAAAAAAAAUUAAACAACUUUUAUUGCAUCAAAGUUUUCUAAUUGCCUUAGCAUAUAACGGCAAUUGUUUGCAAAUUUUGAAAAUUGAAAAUUUUAGUGCUUUGCAAAAGAAAAUUCCAAGUAGAAAUUUAGCGCGAAAAUGAAAGAUUUUAGCAAAAUAUUUUCACGCCGUUAUAGCGCGGUCAAUGUGCAAGACACAGAACAGCAACAACAACAGUUGACUGCGAGUGCACAAAACUCAGCGAUGACGACGACAGGACCCAACGUAGCAUGCAGCACGUCGCGUGCCGCUGAGAAGGCACAAAAUAAAAGUUUGAAAGCCAAUCGCAAAAUGAAUCCUGCCGGCAUUCUAAGUUCGUUCUUUAACGAACGCAAAAGCAAUAAGCGUGCGCGUGCACCAAAAUGCGCCUUUUUGUUACUCGCCCUUGGCAUACUGGCCAUCUCAACAGCAGUGCUGGUGAAAAUCUUUCAGCCUUACGACUUGAUCUUCAAAUGGAAACUGACCAUGUCGGAUGAUGGCGAGAUCUUUAAUUUGUGGGCCAAGCCACCGGUAGAUCUUUACAUAAAGAUUUAUCUAUUUAAUAUAACGAAUGCAGAGGCUUUUCUGGCAGGACGCGAAAAAAUGAAUGUGGAACAAGUGGGACCAUAUGUUUACAAAGAAAUCAUGACGCACGAAAAUAUCACCUUCAAUGCCAACAACACAAUGUCUACAAGACCCAGUCAUCCGUUGGUUUGGCAAGAACAUUUGUCUGAGGGGCGUAAAGAAGACGAUCAGGUGGUCAUGUUGAAUAUUGCAAUGCUGGCAAUUUCUCACUUAACCGCUGACAAGCCACUAUUCCUACGCAUGGGCUUACGCACACUGCUGGCAACAUCCAAAUCACAGCCACUUGUACGUAUGACAGCUAAGGAAUUCAUGUUUGGUUAUCAGACAUCACUGACCACAUUGGGCAACACGUUCUUCUCAAAUUGGAUAUCUUUCGAAAAAGUCGGACUUAUUGAUCGGAUGUACGACUUUAGCACCGACUACGAGACUUUCUACACGGGCGCAACAAAUCCCGCCAUAUCUGGUCUCUAUGCCACAUACCGCGGCAAAACCAACUUGCCACAAUGGGAUGGUGAACACUGCAGCAAUAUUGAACUCGCCUCAGAUGGCACUAAAUUCAAGAGUUUCAUACAACCCAAUGAGACUGUCAAAUUCUUUAGAAAGAGCAUGUGCCGGCCCAUCAAUUUGUAUCGCACUGGUGAACCACAAACGUAUGGCAGCCUUACCGGUUACAAAUACGUUUUUGAAGAGAAUGCAUUCGACAAUGGCGCCAACAAUGAGGCGAACAAGUGCUUCUGCAGAAAGGGAAAAUGUCAACCUCAAGGUCUAAUCGAUGUGACCGAUUGCUAUUAUGGUUUCCCCAUAUCUCUAAGUUAUCCACAUUUCAUGAAUGGCGAUCCCGGUCUACUCAAUAAUAUCACCGGCAUGGAACCAGAUGAGAAGAAAUACUCCUCCGCAUUCGUUGUGCAACCGGAAUCCGGCUUGCCACUCUCCAUCUCCGCCAAAGUGCAAAUCAACAUGCAUUUCGAUGAUUUGAGUGCCUUCCGACAAGUCAGCCGCUUCAGCCACUUGACCGUGCCAAUGCUGUGGUUCGAUAUCAUGAUGCCCAAGCUGCCUGAAGCACUGGACACACGCUUCAACUUCUACCUCAACAUACUGCCCUACCUCGAUAUACUCGGCUAUUGGGGCAGCCUCUUGCUUGGCAUUGCACUGCUGCUGUAUGCCGUUACACGCGCCACGCUACGCAUGUCGAAUUUGACACAAAUGAAUAAUAUUUCCGAUGGUAAAUACAGUAAAGCAAAUAUUCUGCGCGGCGUCACCAACAAUGUGCACUGCAAUGAUGUCUACAAGCCAUGUGAAAUGAAGCUGCUGCAUCAACAUGAAAAGCAUCAGCAAACGCUUGAGGAUAAUAUAAUUACACGUCAUAACGAUAUGGAUAUGUCAGCGGAUGUAGAUUUGUUAUAUAAAGAAAUGGCAUCGGCACAGCAACGUCAAGGUUCGUUUGCUUUGGAAUUGGAGCCAGCGUUAUCGGGUUCGGAGAGUGGUGAUGAUGAUGUGGAGAGCAACUCAUCGGCAUCGUCAUCAUUAUGCAGUCAUAAUUCGUCCACAUGUUCGUGUGCAACGGAACAAAGUCAAAAUGGUCAAAAGCAUACGGAGGCAACAGCAAAUGAGACUUCAAUUAAUGUCGAUAUUAUUGAAAGUAAUCGGGCACCAGCGAAUACUGCUCUUAGCAUAAAUGCUAAUCAAGCAGCUCAGCAGACGACAACUAACAAUAGCAGAGCUAACAACAACGAACAACAACAUAACAACAAUAGCAGGCAGUCCUAAUGCCAAAACAACACAGUUUAACUAUAUAAACACUCAGUUUGAAUAAUUUCAACGUGUAUUAAACAUAAACUAAAAUGCUUCAGAGAAAACAUCACACAUCGGGUUUAACGGUUAUGUUCAUUAUAUUUUAGUGUACCUUGGAUAUUAUCAUUACUACAUAACUGUUGAUGUAUAUAGUAGUUUAUAAGUUUUUUUUAGGCGCAUUAAAGCUCUUUCUUUAUAUGCUAAAGUAUUGCUUUUUUCCAAAACGCCUCAUAGUCUUAGUUAGUAUGUUUGUAUUUAUGAAAAAAAACGAUAUUUAAAUUUUUUCAAUUUUAAAUGUACCAAUGCAAUGCUUUUACAGAAUUAUCAGUUGUGUCAAAAAUUGCAGACUUUAAACUGGUUAUCAGCUGUGAUAAUUACAAAUGCGUGCAUACAACAAAUUUCCCUAUGUAGCAUGUGUAUAAGUACGUAUGUACAUAUAUGCAUAGAAUUGUAUGUUUUUAAUAUUGCAUGCAUUACUUAAACUGCUAAAGGCAUUCAAUGCAUUUGUGCAUAUCGAAAAAAUAAAUAAAAAAAUUAUAUAUUUAAGUAAUACCACCUCCAUGAGGUGCGCAUCAACCAAAACCAUAUAAAUAAGUAUAUUAUAAUCAAUUAUUCAUAUUUGUAUAUAUUUCUUUUUUACUCAUUACACACGCCCUCUUUGAAUUUAAAUUCCAACUAUUGUUUGUACAAAGUAUAAAACUUAAAAACUACGCGCUAAGCUUAAGGAGUUAGUAGUAUCUAAUUAUUGACAUACAUACAUAUGUAUAUAUUACCGAUAUAUUGUGUUGAAAAUUCACGAAAUGCAAAUAAA